GACGUCAGGCUGAGAGCUGGGUUCAGGCUGACACUGGAGGGUAGAAGGGAGGCGCAGAUCCACAGGCAGGAGCACAAAGUCAGCGUCCGUGCAGCCCGUCCCCGCUCGGUAUGGGAUAUCGCCGCGAUUGAAGUAGGCACAAGAUGAGUGGCUCGCUGCGGUCCCUGCUCCUCGGCUCGCUCCGGCUUCUCAUCCUGCUGAGCCUCGGCAGCCUGUCCGUGUCCAGGGAAGUUUGUUCAGGAACUGAAAACAAGCUAACGAUGCUGUCAACUGUGAACGACCAUUACAACCACCUUCGCAGGACUUACAACGCUUGUGAGGUAGUGAUGGGCAAUCUGGAAAUAACCUUCCUGCAACCAUAUCAUGACGUGUCCUUCCUUCAAAGUAUUCAGGAAGUUUCAGGUAGUGUCCUCAUAGCCCUCAACAGCAUUUCAAGGAUCCCGCUGCAGAAUCUUCGGAUCAUCCGAGGGCACCAGCUUUACGAUGACAAGUUUGCACUAGUCAUUUUAAUCACUAUGAUCGGGAUAAAAAAAAUUGGGCUCAAUGAGCUACCCUUACGAAAUCUUACAGAAAUUUUAUCUGGCACAGUGAAAUUUACUUCAAAUCCUCAACUUUGUUACUUGCAAUCUAUUCAUUGGGAUGACAUUCUGGAAAACGGCAAGGCAUCCAACAUGGCAGUAAACUUCACUGUAGGGAAUUGCCCUAAAUGUCAUUCACAGUGUCAAUAUGAAGCAUGCUGGGGCCCAGGUAUAGAAAGCUGUCAAAGAUUCACAAAGAAAAUCUGCGCUCAACAAUGUUCAGGUCGAUGCAGAGGUCCUCACCCCAGUGACUGCUGCCACAGUCAAUGUGCUGCUGGAUGUACCGGACCCAGAGAGUAUGAUUGUCUGGCAUGCCGGAAGUUCAGUGAUGGAGGUACUUGUAAAGAAUCCUGUCCUCGCUUGGAAGUCUACAAUGCAGUAACUUUUCAAAUGGAGCGGAAUCCAAAUGGAAAAUAUAGUUUUGGAGCAUCCUGUGUAGAGAAGUGUCCCCAUAACUAUGUGGUAACAGACCUUGACUCCUGCGUUCGAUCCUGCAGUCCUGGUACACAUGAGGUGGAUGAGGACAAAAUCAGAAAAUGUAAAAAAUGUGAAGGACCUUGUCCAAAAGAUUGCAGUGGAAUUGGAGUUCCACCCUUAAAGGAUGCUAUGUCAAUCAAUUCUUCAAAUAUUGAUUCAUUUAAAAAUUGCACCAAAAUUAAUGGCAAUGUGGUCAUUUUGGAAGUCACUUUCAAAGGUGAUAACUUCUCAGGAACAGCUCCACUUCGCCUGGAGAAGUUGGAAAUCUUCAGAACUGUCAAGGAAAUUACAGGAUAUCUUUUAAUUCAAAGUUGGCCAGAUAAUUACACAGAUCUACAAGUGUUUGAAAAUCUUGAAAUUAUACGUGGCCGGACUCUGCAUCAUAGCAGUACGUCAUUUGCUUUGGUCAACCUGGGCAUCAGCUCUUUGGGACUGCGUUCCCUCAAAGAGGUUAGUGAUGGUCAUGUAAGAAUCAGGAGCAACAAGAAUCUCUGCUAUGUUCAGACCUUGGACUGGAAACAACUCUUCAAAUCUGCCAGACAAUCAGCUGGUUUAAAACAAAAUAAACCAGACGCAAAAUGUGAAGCUCAAAAUGAGGUCUGCCAUCCACUGUGUUCUGAUCAUGGCUGUUGGGGCCCUGGACCCUUGCAGUGCUUUUCUUGUCGUUAUUACAUUCGUGAAAGAAUGUGUGUUGAAAAGUGCAACAUUUUUGAAGGGAAAGUGAGGGAGUAUAUGGAAGGAUCCCGAUGUUUACUAUGUGAUGCGGAAUGUAAACCACAGAAUGGGUCUGAAACCUGCAAUGGGCCUGGCAACAGAAACUGUAGUGAAUGUGCUAAUUUUAAAGAUGGCCAACACUGUGUGAAAAACUGUCCCUCUGGAAUCGCUGGAGAAAAUAAUACCCUCAUCUGGAAGUACCCCGAUGAGAAUAAGCUUUGUCAGCCAUGUCACUCAAAUUGCACUCAAGGGUGUAAGGGACCAAAGCUUGAAGAUUGUGAUCAUUAUGUUGGUUCCCACAUUCCCUCCAUUGCUGCAGGAGUUGUUGGAGGCCUCCUUGGUUUAGUCAUGGUGGCUUUGUUGGUUGGAGUAUUCCUGCGGAGAAGGCACGUCAGAAAGAAACGGACUUUGCGACGCUUGCUGCAGGAACGGGAGCUGGUUCAGCCACUAACACCCAGUGGAGCUGCUCCAAAUCAAGCCCUUCUGAGGAUCCUUAAAGAGACAGAAUUCAAGAAAAUCAAAGUGCUUGGCUCUGGAGCAUUUGGCACUGUGUACAAGGGCUUGUGGAAUCCAGAAGGGGAAAAUGUCAAAAUCCCUGUUGCUAUCAAAGUGUUGAGAGAAGCAACCUCACCGAAAGCUAAUAAAGAAAUCCUUGAUGAAGCAUAUGUGAUGGCAAGUGUUGACCAUCCCCAUGUUUGCCGGUUACUAGGAAUCUGUCUCACUUCGACUGUGCAACUUGUCACACAGCUGAUGCCCUACGGCUGUCUGUUGGACUACAUACGGGAAAACAAAGAAAAUAUUGGUUCCCAAUAUCUUCUCAACUGGUGUGUGCAGAUAGCAAAGGGAAUGAGCUAUUUGGAGGAGCGCCGGUUAGUACACCGAGACUUGGCAGCUCGAAACGUUCUGGUAAAGACACCCCAGCACAUAAAGAUUACAGACUUUGGACUUGCCAGACUUCUGGAUGUGGAUGAAAAAGAAUACCAUGAGGAUGGUGGCAAAUUACCCAUCAAAUGGAUGGCAUUGGAAUCGAUCCUUCAUAGGACAUUUACCCAUCAGAGUGACAUCUGGAGUUAUGGUGUGACCAUUUGGGAACUAAUGACUUUUGGGUCUAAGCCCUAUGAUGGUAUUCCUGCCUGUGAAAUUCCAAAUAUCUUGGAGAAGGGGGAACGAUUGCCACAACCUCCAAUCUGUACAAUUGAUGUAUACAUGAUCAUGGUUAAAUGUUGGAUGAUUGAUGCAGAAAGUAGACCUAGAUUCCGUGAGCUGACCUCUGAAUUCUCCCGGAUGGCCCGAGAUCCACAACGUUACCUUGUAAUUCAGGGUGAUGAUCGCAUGCACCUGCCAAGUCCAAGUGACUCGAGAUUUUAUCGCACCAUAAUAGAGGAAGAAGAUAUGGAAGAUAUUGUGGAUGCCGAUGAAUAUCUCGUUCCUCAUGCAGGUUUCUUCAACAGUCCUUCCACAUCAAGGACACCCUUAUGUACAUCAGUGAGUAUGACAAGCAACAAUUCAUCAACUUUGAUUAAUAGAAAUGGGCAUCAAGGAAUUCCUAAGAGAGAAGACAGUUCAACUUUACGCUAUAGUUCUGAUCCAACAGUUCUCCUUGACGACGAUGACAUAAAUGGAUGUUUCCAACCAGCCCCAGAAUACAUCAACCAAGCUCAAAAUAAGCCCCUUCCUAAUCACUUGAAAAGCCCCAUCUCUGACAUGGAAAACCCAGGCUACCAGGAACUUUUUGUCCCCCUCAUCAAGAAUGGCAGAGGUCCAGUUACUGACUCUCAGUAUUUAAACUCAUUCACAAAUGCAGUGGAGAAUCCAGAGUAUGUGAAUGCUUCCCAACCCAUCAGCAAAGCAGGUCUUGACCAUCCCAAUCACUGGGACCAGACAGUGCUCCACAACGUAAGCUUGGACAAUCCUGAGUAUCAGGAGAAUCUUGUUCCUAAACACCCAAAAGUGAACGGUCAUGUUGAAGCUGCGGCUGAGAAUCCAGAGUACCUUGGUGUUGCAGUGCCACCCAGAGGUCAAAAAAGCACUACAGUAUGAUACAGACAUGCGGACUUUAUACACCACCUGGUGUCCAAACCCUGCUGGUGAAUUUUAAGUGCAGCUGUGCUGUGGUACUGAUAAUGGAUAUUUCCAUAGGGCAGUGGAAAAGUGAUGAAUGUGAAUAUUUCCUCCUUUUAAAAAAAACAUUAAGAUAAUAUUGGUGAUGGAACUUUACUCUGACACUUUAAAUUAGGUUUAUAAAACCUAGAAAGGAAAUAGAUUGUAGUUUUUUUUCAGUAGCAUUCCAGAUUUCUUUUAAACAUUAAAUUGCAUACUUGUUAUGUGUAGAUAAUGGCUAAAGUUUGUGUCAUAGCCAAUCUUUCAGACACUAUCAUUAGGUCUUGUUUCAAUGCCACCCUCCAUAUAGCUGGAAACAUUCUUCCCUCUGCGGGACUUGGAUAUUAAUAAAUAAAAAUAAAUAUGCAAGUAGUUUUACUUUUAAAAUAUUUGUUUGUACUUCAAAGAAAACAUUAAAUGCAGUAUCCAAGUAACAUGGACAGCUCUGUGGAAUGAGUCCUAAUAUCCAGGUAAAGUGGACUCUGAAAUCUCAACUAUUCUCAUGUGAACUGGGAAGAUGAUUAAAACGUGGAGUGAGCUCAGCACAAGUGAUGCGUUUCUCAGAGCAUCCCAUGAGCUUUAUGAAAGAGUUUCCUCCUGAUGAUUUGAUCAAUUGCAUCUUCAAACUGUCUUUAAUUCUAAUUAAUUACAAUCAACUUGAGGUAAAUGAACAAUUUAUUUAACUCUCUCUCUUUGCUUUAUGCAAAAUAGUUUGAAUUUUACCUGUGAUUGUAAUUAAGUGCAGUAUUAAUCUAGACCUCUUAUUUUACUCCCCAUUCUCUCAUGUACACAUCCUUUACCUUGCACUGCCGUAAAACAAAAAUUAGCUCUCCUUGAAUCAUGUUUUGGCUUAAGCCAUAUUUAGGACCCUCAAAAUUGCUUCUUGCUAUUCUUCAUACAAAGUUAUGAUCAAAAUGUAAAUUAAUGAAAUAAAAUAAAUUAAUUACUUUUAAAAAAAUACUGAAACAAAGUUAAAUAAAAACACUAAAUGCUGAGACACUCAGCUGUUCAGUCAGCAUCUAUUAGAGGGGAAGAUAUGAUUAAUAUUUCACCUCUCUCACCUUGUUUCCUGUAUUUUCACCUCUCAUUAAUUGAAUUUAAAUUCCACCUCUGCCAUUAUGGGAUUCAAACUCAUGGUCCAGUAACUUGACUAUAAAGCUAUCAUACUUCUAACAUUGACAUUGCUCCUUGUAAAUGGGUUCUAGGAGGUGAUCCACACUUCUUUCUUACAGCUGCAAGAUGUCGCAGAAUCUUUAAAUUAUGACUGAAAUUGGGACUGGGUAUCAAUGCUUUAUAUUUCCACCUUCCAGUUUUACUGGGACUAGAUGCUUAAUGGUACCAAUGCACUGUUCAAAGCUGAACUUUCCUUUGCACUGGUUCUAACUUCUGACUUUAUCUUUGGGUAUUCUCAGUGAAUUCCAAAUGAUGGCCAUUAUGCAAUACUUGUUUGUGUUGAUCAAUCUGAUAAUGGUAAGGUAAUAUCUGUGAAGUGUGGAAGAUGGUUGAGUUAUCUGGAUGAAGGAUUAUGGAAAUUAAGGUAACUGAAUGUGUGUUCUAACAAUGUGGAUUGUAUCCCUUUUUUAAAAAUUGUGUAGAUUUUGCAGACAAAUGUUGCUGAGAUUUAAUAAUUUUAGAAAACAAAUGAAUUGUUGAAGCGCUAUUUGUAUAGAAGUGAAAUCCAGUCUUUUAUAUGGUGUAUUGAUAAAAAGAAAUCAUUAUAUGCUUAUAUGUAUAUAAAGUCCAAAAACAGAAAAAUGAAAUGUAUGCUACAGAAUGAACAUUUUCAAUUAAUUGUUAAAUAUUUUGGUGGUUUCUUCAAAAUAAGAUGAGCAUUUUAAGAUUUUAUGCACAUUAACUUUUUGGAGAUUUUCGAAUGUUUCAUUUGCUUUAACAAAAGUCUUUUGACUCCUCACUUAAAGCAAUAGGUUACCCUUGUCUUUCUGUGGUUAGACAUCAUUAUGAAUCACUGUCAGUCCAUUCCUCACCAUCAAUCUGCUCAUUCUCACAGCUGUUUAUGCUUGCUGUACACAAGUGGCCACUGCAUUUCUUACAAUAGUAAGUAUACUUCAAAAAUACUCCAUAUAGAGUUUUGAAGUGACCUGUCAUUAUGAAAGGCAUUGCAUAGUUAUGUCUUUCUUUUUCCACCUUUGUCUGGCAUUUUGCAAGCUUUUGGCAUAACAAACCACACACUACAUCUUGUAAUUAAAUGUCAGUUACAUUUUUGUAUUUGAAUAUUUUACAAAAUUUCGUUUCUUUUCCAUGAAAAUAUAAAACCACUGAUGCAUGAUACUUUCCUGAAAUAAAA